AUGGAGCGUGUCGCUGGAGACGUUGGGCGGUCCUCUUCACGGGUGACCCUCUGUGACCUCGCCCUGGGCCUGGGCCCUGACGAGGUGGCCGAGGAGGAGCAGGAGCACCGCGCCCACCUGCGCCUGAGACGCUUGUGCCUGGUGGUGGUGCCGGCGGCGGUGCCGGUGGCGGUGCCGGUGGCUGCGUGGGGCGGCGCCCGCUGGUGCUCGCUGGCGCUGGACGGGCGCCGCGUGGCGCUGGCACGGCGCCCCCACGUCGCCCUGGGGGGCUCGGGGGGCGAGCGGCGACGCUGGAACGGAACGGCACGCACCGGCGGGCCCCCCGGUGGCGCGGCCGCUGGUGCAGCAGCGGCCGCCGGUGGUGGUGGUACAGCUGGUACAGCUGGUGGUGGUGGUGCAGCUGGUGGUACAGCCGGUGCAGCAGCUGGUACAGCCGCUGGUGGUGGUACAGCCGCUGGUACAGCCGCUGGUACAGCAGCUGAUGGUACCGCUGGUGCUACAGCUGGUGGUGGUACAGCCGCUGGUGGUACAGCCAGUGGUACCGCUGGUGCUACAGCUGGUACUACAACAGCUGGUGGUACAGCCGCUGAUACAGCUGCUACUACAGCCGGUGCUACAGCUGCUACUGCAGCCGGUACAGCAGCCGGCGCCACAGCCGCCGGCACCACAGCCGCCGGCACCACGCCGGCCGGCACCACGCCGGCCGGCGUGCGCCUGUCGCUGCGGCCUUGCCGCGGGCUGCGGGUGGAGCUGGCGGCGCUGGCGCUGAACUUCCCCUUCCAGGUGGACGUUGCCGCCGUGGUGGACGACGCCGUCAACGCCCGCAAGUGGCUCUCGGCGCUGCACCGGGCCGGCGGGGCCGGCCACACCGAGGAGGAGGUGGAGGAGGAGGAAGAGAUGGCGGAAGCCGGCGGCGGCGGCGGCGGUGGCGGUGGUGGCGGUGGUGGUGGUGGCGGUGAAGACGCCGGUGGCAAGGAUGAGGCAGGGGCGGUGAGGGUCCCUCUGGACAUCAUCGUCAAGAUCCGCAGCUGCAGCGUGUCGCUGUCGGACUGCCCGCUGGAGCAGCGACUGCGCGACAACCACGCCCUGCUGGGGGACGAGCGCCGGGAGAGCCGGCGGCGCCGCCGCCUGCUGGACCGCCGCGUGGCCGCGCUGCGCCGGCAGCACGGCGAGCUGCUGCCGGCGCGCAAGAUCGAGGAGCUGUACGCCGAGUUGGCGCGCAGGGACACGCGCAUCUACGUGCAGCGCUCUCGGAGGCUCUACAUUGGUGGUGGUGGUGGUGGCCAAUCGGUGGACGGCGGUGGCGACGAUGGCGACGAUGGGGACGACGUGGUGGCUUCCACCGGGGGCGGUGUUGAUGGCGGUGGUGGCGGUGUUGAUGGCGGUGGGGGCGGUGUUGAUGGCGGUGGCGGUGGAUCACCUCAUCCAUCCUCCGCACCUCCUCGCAAGCACCUGCUGCUCUGGACGAUGACAGACCUGGAGCUGGUGGCCCUAGCCGACGGCUGCCUGCAGGGCCUGCCACGUGUUCUCCGUGCCAUGAGGCACGUGGAUCCUGCUGGGGCUCUGCCACCACCGGGAACCAAGUUCAGCAUCCAGUGGGGACGCGCCGUGCGGGCACACGUGGCCACGCUGCACGUGAGGAUUCGCGACUAUCCCCGCUGCAUGCUGGAGGUGCGUGACUGGUCGCUGUGGGGUGUCCUGGUGGGCACGGAGGAGCUGGGCCCUCCACGCUCCCAUCGCCGCACGACCGUCGACCUGGGGCAACCCUGGGGGGCCGCCGACGUCGAUAGGAACCUGCCCCCACUCAAGUUCCACUUUGACAUCUCGUCGAGCGUGUCUCUGUGGAGCGCCGUCUGGGGCCCUUGCUGGGAGCCGGCGUGGGCCGCCGUGCUUCAGGGCGUGGAUCUGCUCACGUCGCGAACCGUCGACCCCUCGCCACCGCUCGCCUGGUGGGACAAGGGGCGCCUGCUGCUGCACGGGCGGUUCGGGGUGCAGCUAACACACGCUCAGCUGGAGCAGCUGGCCAGCCAGGACCCCUACAACACGACAGAGCACAUGCACUGGGAGUGGUCUCCACUGUGGUUCGAGUGGAGCCCGGGGCGGCUACUCUACCACGGGGACCUGGACAUCAACGUACGCACGGCCUCCAAGUAUGAUGACUGCUGCCUGCUACACCUGCCAGGCCUCACCUUGCAAGUGUUGCUCGGCUGGGAGACGCUGAGCGGGAGCGGCGGUGGCGCCGGUGGUGGUGCCGGCGGUGGUGCCGGCGCCACCGGCGCCACCGGCGCCACCGGCGGCACCGCCGGCGUCCCGCCCAGCCACCACGGCCUGGUGCCCUGCUGCCCACAUCGCCUGCCCCAGAGGCAGCCGGGCUCACAGCACGACUCGUACCGGGGGUUCCGCUCGCUGGGGCUGUCGCUGGAGCUCACGCUGAGACUCGCUCACAGACACGACGGAGACUCACCCCGGGCCCUGCUCUAUGGCUCUACACUGCGCUGGCUUCAGACCUUCGCCUCGGCAUCUGGGGCCGGGCCCACCGGCCUUCCAGUCCGUGCCGGGCCGCUCUUCGGCAACACCGCCCCGAGGCCUCCCAAGCGGAAGCUGAGUCGGCACAUCACACGCACGGCGCUCAGCGCCAGCUUCCCGCGCCUGCAGGUGUGCUACUGGGCGUCGUUUGCGAGGCAGAGGGGGGUGGAGGUGAGUUGUGGUGAGGGAACGCUCACCACGGAGGGCACCCAGAUCCUCACCAUUCCCAGAGGUGUCCCACGUAGACGCCCCGUGUCCACCUGGUCUGUCUCUGUGUCUAAGUGUCUGUGUCUGUCUCAGGAGGUGUCCCACGGAGACGCCCCGUGUCCACCUGGUCUGUCUCUGUGUCUAAGUGCUCUGUGUCUGUCUCAGGAGGUGUCCCGCGUAGACACCCCGUGUCCACCUGGUCUGUCUCUGUGUCUAAGUGUCUGUGUCUGUCUCAGGAGGAGGUGUCCCGCGGAGACGCCCCGAGGUGUCCCACGUAGACGCCCCGUGUCCACCUGGUCUGUCUCCCGCAUGGACAUGCAGCUCGGGCCCAGUGCUGUCUCUCUCCUCUCUGGUGGGGGAGGGGGAGGGGGGAGAGGGGGGAGGCCCCCACCCCCUCCGCCCCCCCGAGGUGGGGGGCGGCCCCCCCUCACUCGCACUCACCUGCUCAGCCUCGCGGGGCUGUCUUACAAACGUAGCGGUGAGCAGCCCGCCCCCGCCCAGGCCACAGCAGCUGGAUCCGCUCGCCACCGCGUCCGCGUCCUGGGCCUCCGAGCCUCAUGGACUCCCCUGAACAGAGACGUGGGGUUCAGUCUGUACGAGGGAUUCCACCGUGCCGCUGUGCUGAAGCGGAACCUCUCCACACACGCCUUGCACGGCCUGCGUCUGGAGGAGGAGUCCACAAAACGCCCGAGACGUCAGCCCAGCCAGAGCAGCGCUCCGUCCAGCCCAGGACCCGGAGAGUCCUCAUCGCUAUCAUCCACCUCCUCCACCUCCUCCACCUCCUCCACCAGCAGCAGCUCCACCACCACGCCCAGCUCCACCACCAGCAGCUCCACCAGCAGCAGCAGCUCCACCACCUCGGCCUACCCAGCCACUGCAGAAACCGCUAAGGAGCAAAGUGAAGCGGGAGCUGCGGCGUCCAUGUUGGAGCGGUUGCUACGGGAGACGGACCGCUUCGUCGUCUUCUCCGAGGAGGCGGAGCCACCCGGGGGAGGGGCCGGCGGCGGUGGCGCCCCUCUACCGGGGGGAGGGGGCGUGGCCGGGGGCGUGGCUGGGGGCGGGGUCGGGGUCGCGGGGCCCCCCCGCCAUUGGCUCAUACAGCUGGUCAACUCACAGGUGCUGCUGCGUGGCCCCGACACAGCCGGCUGCGUGUUGGUGGCCGCCUCCCACGCCGAGCUCCUGCAGGAGAGCGAGGACGGGGCGGGGCCAGGGGGCGGGGCCUCCGCCACCUCGGGGGCGGGGCCGGCCGGGGGGGCGUGUCUCCGUGCGGGAGGGGCGGGGCUCUGUAAGAGCACGUGGCGCUGCUCCCUCGACUCCAUGCAGUACUUUGCCACUCUGGGGGGAGGGGCCUCGGGGGGAGGGGGCGGAGCCCAACAGCCCAGCGAGCCCUGGCUACAGGUGAGCAGCAUUCAGGAGGAGCGAGGAGGCAGUGUGGAUUCUGUGACGGAACUCAUGGAGGGCGGUCACUCAGUGGGAGGUCUUGUCUCAGUGUCCAGCGGUGGUAACCACGCUGCAGAUGCCGGCGGUGGCUCCGGCGGUGGUGGCGGUGGUGGCGGUGGUGGCGGUGGUGGUGGUGGUGGUGGCGAUCCACCUCAACUGCAGAGGAUUGUGUCACGUUGCAGCUGCAAGAUGAUCUACGUCAACUACAGCCAGGAUGACACAACCACACAACAACAACAACAACUGGCGGAACACCACCGGCAGCAGCCACAACAACCACAACCACCACAACCACCAGCUGGGCUGCUCCACACGGCCAGAGAAGAUCCUCUCAAUCGCAUGGAGGGGCCUGUGGACACGUUCACGCUGAUCCACAACGACAUGGAGGUGUUGACCAACCCUGCCCAGUUUGCCAUGGUGCUCGACAUCCUCAACAACCUCCUGCUACACGUGGAGCCCAAACGCAAGGCCCACAGCGAGCGGAAGCUGCGUGUCCGUUUCCAGCUGGAGAUGUGUGCCCAGGGCUCGGAGCAGCGGCUGGCGGUGUUGCUGAGUCUGCAGAACGGACUGAGGCAGCACGUGGCAACGAUGCGUGGCCUGGAGAGAGAACUCUACAUUGUGCACAGGGAGGUGGUGGUGGAGGCUUCUGUGGAGCAGCUUGAGGAGAGAAGCCGUAGCUUGCAGGAGGAGCUGCGGCUUCACAAGGCCGAGCUGCAGGCCAAGAGCGAGGAGCUGGACGUCCUCAUCAGGUGCCUGCGUGACUUCCAGGUGCAGCGAGCGAGUCGCCUGGGUGAGCGUGGCGAGGUGAGCGUGGUGAGGAGGGUGCAGGUGAACCUGGCCAGAGCCACGUGGACCCUCACCGAGCCGGACGGGCAGCUCGCCAUCGCCUCACUGCAGCUCAGGGACUUCGUGCACAGUAAGGUGAAUCGCUCAGAUGACACAGCUGAGCACCUGCUGGAGCUGGGCUGGUUCACGAUGCACUCACUACUGCCCAACUUCCGGCAGGAAGUGCUGAUGCCCCAGAAUGCAAUGCAGCCGUGCCGCCACCUCGCCCUCAGAAUCUUCAGCCGCGUGGGGCCCCCAGUGGGUGGCAUCUCUGUGAAGGAGCACUUCGAGGUGAACGUAGUGCCGCUGGAACUACGCCUCACCUACCACCUCUUUAAGAGGCUCAUGAGCUUCUUGUUCCCUGGGAGAGCCACGGACGACGAGGAGGACGAGUCCUCAGCAGGACUCGUCGCUGACGAUGACAAAUCUCGACUCGUCACUACAGGGAUCCGCCGGACUCAGCUGGUGGGUGAUGACCCCCCGGGCCCCCUCCCUCGCCAAGGGGGGGGGCUGCCCCGGGGGGGAGCUCUCAGAAGAUCAUUCCGUAGGACCCCCCAAGAGCAGCCGCCUGCCGUCUUCGACGACAUCGAGAAGAUGAAAGAGCGGGCGGCACGGAACCACUCAUUCAUUUACAUCAAGAUUCCACAGGUACCCAUCACGGUGAGCUACAAGAAGGAGAAGAACAUAGAGGACGUGAAGGACUUCCAGCUGGUGCUGCCCUGCACGGAGUUCCACAACAAGACGUGGACCUGGCACGACCUCGCCAUGGCCAUCAAGCGGGACAGCCGCAAGGCUCUGCUGGCACAGGCCAUCAAGGAGAAGCUUCGCCUGAAGGCCACCGGCACCGCCAGUGAGGACGCCACUCCCGGCACCGCCGCUACCGCCGGUGCCGGCGGUGCCGGCGGUGCCGGCGGUGCCGGCGGCGGCGUGCCGGCGGUGUCCGGCAGCGGCCGCUGGGAGGUGGAGCGUGCACGCCUGCUGCUACUUGGCGAGAAACUGGGCACGCCGGCCGGAGAGAAGAGCCAGCCGGCUAGAAAGAGUCGCCUGUUUCACUCCUCCUCCAAGAAGUGA